AUGACAACAAAUGCAUCUAAUAGGUACAACUAUUCCUGCUGCUUUAACCAAUAUCUAGAACCAAAGAGUAAUGCCUGCACUGAAUGUCCAGUUGGAUCUUUUGGUUUGAACUGUAGACAGAGAUGUCCGCCGAGAUAUUAUGGACGGUUGUGUCUGUCCGUCUGUGAGUGUCCUGACUCAGUCUGUAAUAAUGUUACUGGAUGCGUUACAGAAAACAGCGCAAGUUUUCCUUUUAUAUCAACCGUCAUUUCAUCUCAAACAACCAAAAUUGCUGAAAGGACACGUAUAACGGGAGAUAUUCAAACCAAGAUAACGUCCCGUCCGUUUCCAGCAAAACAACAUGAUCAAAAUAAAAAUGUCAGCCAUCACGAUGACACGUGGAUAGCUGUAAGCUCUUCCCUGAUUGGUUCGCUGGUAACACUCAUUCUGAUUGGAUGUGUUCUGUACUUCCGAUCUCGAAAGAAGCUUAAAUUGAAAUUUCCGAAAAGAAUUCAAAGGAUUUUAUUUUCUCGCACAGAUGAAGAAAGAAAUAUACAUCUUCUUCAAGAGGAUCAUCACCCUCCAUCCACUGUCACCACAUUUAGCAGAUGCCAAGAUGACGAUACUUAUAUGGAAAUACGGUGUUCUCAAAUUUCUGGAGCAUGCUCAGCAACAUGCUUAGAUACAAUAAACAAGAAGAAGAAAGAACACAUGGCUUCCAAAGAACUUAGAAAUGUUUCUAGAACUACAAAUUUGUACGGAAAAUGUUCAUUUGAAAAUGAAUAUGACCAUGUUAAGCUAAGAGUAAAAUCAAGCAUUCCUGAGUUGUCUCAUCUGAAAUUCGGAAUAGGAAAAGAUCUGGAUUAUGUCCUUCUAUCUGAAAAAAGUCGAUUUCAAAAACAGUCGUCAUUUCAUGACGAAAGCAGCAAAUCUUUGACUUUACCUUCCAGUUGUAAAACAGUUAAACAAAAAUUACAACAACAUUCCUACAGUUUAUGCCAUGCUAAAUCAGAAAAUGAGUUGGAAGAUGAAAGGAUUCCAAACGAAAAAGAAAAGAAGUCAAUUAAAUCAAAUUCAGACAUUUCAGUGACAACAAAAGAUCCCGGGUUUAAGGAGGGCAGUCGGCCGUACAGUUUGGCUCAUUCAUUGUCCCAUAAUGAUUUAAGUUUAGAUGACGAAGGAAAAUUAGGAAGCGAUCCAUUCAGUAGUGUUACACCGGAAGUAAAGAAAGAUUUGGAAAGAAAGAACCCAGAGAAUUUGAUAAACAGUCGAUAUAGCUUUGUUGAAAAAUUGGUAGAUUGAAAACAAAUUUAAAAACAAUAUUGUUAAUAAAGUCUAAUAUAAAGCAUAAAA